UGUCACUAGCAAUCACCAUCGGCUUUGUGAGGAGGGAGAAUCGGAUUAUCCCUGAGAGCGCCUUAGAAAACAAUAAGUCCCAAGUUUGAAAAGGGGAAAUGGAUGGUGGUGUCCCAAAACCAGUUGCAGUAAAUGGCGUCACCAUGAAAUCACAGCUUCAGGUUACAGUCAUAUCUGCUAAGCUGAAAGACAGCAGAAAGAACUGGUUUGGUCCAAGCCCAUAUGUGGAAGUGUCGGUCGAUGGACAGUCCAAAAAAACAGAAACCCGGAAUAACACUCACAGUCCAAAAUGGAAACAGCACCUUACUGUCAUCGUUACCCCAUUCAGCGUGUUAAAUUUCCGGGUGUGGAGUCACCAGACUCUUAAAUCUGAUGCUUUACUUGGCAGCGCAUCUCUGAACCUGCAUGAAACCCUGCUCGCAAAUAAUAUGAAAUUGGAAGAAGUGAUUGUGAAUUUACAGCUACAAGGUGACAGGGAGACGGUCGGUGACUUAUCAGCGUGUCUUAAUGGGCUGCAGGUUGAUCCAGAGAUCUUAACAAAUGGUGAUAUUACAUUUGUAUCAGGUAAGAGUUGUAAUGUAUCUAUUAUCACAGAGCCUUGUAUGGGUAUGGAUACUGCUGAUGGCACAACUCCUACUGAUAACAGGUCAACCAAUGGCACCAGUUCACCAUCUCUGUCCAAUGGAGGCUUCAAACCUAACAGGCCCCCGAGACCUUCACGGCCCCCUCCACCAACUCCUCAGAGGGCAAAUGGCAUCCUUCUAAACAACGCUGAUGUUCCAGUGGACGUAGCGGCCAGCAGUGUCCCUCCUGAGACAGAUCCGCCAUCCGCUGCAGCACCCGUGUCCAGACAGAUAGCUCCAGUCAACAUGGAUAACCAGAGAAUUGCAGCCAUCAGUCCAGGGGCACUACCUCCUGGUUGGGAGCAGCGUGUAGAUCAACAAGGACGUGUCUAUUUUGUGGAUCAUGUUGCAAAAAGAACUACCUGGGAUCGACCAGAGCCUCUUCCACCUGGAUGGGAGCGUCGCGUAGACCACAUGAAUCGGAUCUACUAUGUCGACCACAUCACGCGGACUACCACAUGGCAGAGACCUACUAUCGAAUCCGUUCGGAACUACGAACAGUGGCAGCUUCAACGGAACCAACUGCAGGGAGCAAUGCAACAGUUCAAUCAGCGUUUCAUUUAUGGGAACCAGGAUUCCCAAGCACAGAACAAGGAGUAUGACCCGCUGGGGCCAUUACCUGUUGGAUGGGAAAAGAGAACCGAUGCCAAUGGCAGGGUAUAUUUUGUCAAUCACACGACACGGACAACUCAGUGGGAGGACCCGAGAAAUCAAGGGCAGCUGAAUGAAAAACCAUUACCAGAGGGCUGGGAGAUGAGAUUUACAGUGGAUGGUGUCCCCUAUUUUGUAGAUCACAAUAGAAGGACCACCACAUACAUUGAUCCCAGGACUGGAAAGUCUGCACUGGACAACGGGCCGCAGAUUGCAUAUGUGCGAGAUUUUAAGGCAAAAGUGCAGUACUUUCGGUUUUGGUGUCAGCAACUCUACAUGCCACAGCAUGUCAAGAUCACAGUCAACAGGAAAACCUUGUUUGAGGAUUCUUUUCAGCAGAUAAUGAGUUUUAACCCACAAGAUCUUAGGAGAAGGCUGUGGAUUAUUGUCCCUGGAGAGGAGGGGUUGGAUUAUGGAGGAGUGGCAAGGGAGUGGUUCUUCCUUCUCUCCCAUGAAGUUCUGAACCCCAUGUACUGUCUGUUUGAGUAUGCCGGGAAAGACAACUACUGCCUGCAGAUAAACCCUGCCUCCUAUAUUAACCCUGAUCACCUGCGAUACUUCAGGUUCAUUGGGAGGUUCAUCGCCAUGGCUUUGUUCCAUGGAAAAUUCAUAGACACCGGCUUUUCGUUACCAUUCUACAAACGUAUACUAAACAAACCGGUGGGGCUGAAGGAUUUGGAAUCGGUGGAUCCAGAGUUUUACAAUUCCCUGAUCUGGAUAAAGGAGAACAACAUAGAAGAAUGUGGUCUGGAGAUGUACUUCUCAGUGGAUAAGGAGCUCCUUGGGGAAGUAAAAAGUCAGGAUCUCAAAGAUAAUGGGAGCAACAUCCAGGUGACCGAAGAGAACAAAGAGGAAUAUAUCAGGCUGGUGGCAGAGUGGAGAUUGUCUCGAGGAGUAGAGGAACAGACUCAGGCUUUCUUCGAGGGCUUCAACGAAAUUCUCCCCCAGCAGUACCUGCAGUAUUUCGAUGCUAAAGAAUUAGAAGUUCUUCUUUGUGGUAUGCAGGAAAUAGACCUGAAUGACUGGCAAAGGAGCACCAUAUACCGGCACUAUACAAGGACCAGCAAGCAGAUUGUUUGGUUCUGGCAGUUUGUGAAAGAGAUCGACAAUGAGAAACGCAUGAGGCUCCUUCAGUUUGUCACUGGCACUUGUCGGUUACCAGUCGGAGGCUUUGCUGACCUCAUGGGGAGCAAUGGUCCUCAAAAAUUCUGCGUUGAGAAGGUCGGGAAAGAAAACUGGCUGCCCAGGAGUCACACAUGUUUUAACCGCCUGGACCUUCCGCCUUACAAAAGCUUUGAGCAGAUGAAAGAGAAGCUGCUGUUUGCAAUAGAGGAGACGGAAGGAUUUGGUCAGGAGUAAGAAGCCCUCCACAUAUCCUCCGGGCACAAUGCUGCAAGUGUGAACACUGCUGAUCCUCGUUCCUGGCCUCUUUCCACCUCUCCGAGCCACCAUCACUCACUAACCUGUCCCAAAUACAUCUUCACACCAUCUCCUUUCUAUUGAUAACAUUACACACACUUCUCAUACAGUGAAAUAUGACUUGUCCAUCUGAAGAGAUAAAUGCACCGAUUUGUAGAUGUAGCAGGGUGUUCAUCAGUCUUCCAGCCAUGGCAAGAUUUCAUCUCGUGAUAAAGCUCUUUUCUCAUUGCCGGUUACACCCCAGGACACUCGCAGCCCAUUGAGCUGUAUAUAGCCAUAUUUAUUGUGCACUACGGGAAGGUGUCCUGUGGAGUAAUAUGUGACGGGAAAGCGUAUCGAAAUCAGUGUUUCAGGUUUCCCCUG